GAAAAACACUUCUCUAAUCUUCUCUCUUUUUCCUGUUUGUUUUUUUGCCACUCACAUUUAAACACCAAAACAAGAAGAAGAAAAAACCCAUUUUUUUAGUGAUUUUUUUAGUGACAAUUUAAACCCCCCAAAAAAAAAACAAUUGAUUUUGUUGAAGAAUGGGAGUUAUGAAAAUCAACCCUUUUUACUUUGUUGUUCAAAUAUCAUUUGAUGUUAUCUCAUCUUUCAUCAUCUUCUUUCUGUUCAGCUCAGUUUCACCCUCAUAUGGAUAUGAUCCUUUGGAUCCUCAUGGAAACAUAACAAUCAAAUGGGAUCUGUUGCAAUCAAAUCCUGGCUCUAAUGAUGUGAAGGUAUCAAUACUUAAUUUCCAACUAUAUCGCCACAUAGAGCAGCCUGGGUGGAAAAUGGGAUGGGAUUGGACCCGUGAUGAGGUGAUUUGGGCCAUGCAAGGAGCUGAAGCUACUGAGCAAGGCAACUGCUCAAGGUUCAAAGGUGGCCAAUUGCCUCAUUGUUGUGAAAAAAGGCCUUUCAUUGUUGACCUUUUACCUGGAGCCCCAUAUAACAUGCAAACUACUAAUUGUUGCAAAGGAGGCAUCUUAUCAUCCAUGAUCCAAGACCCAUCUAAGUUCGGUGCCGUCUUUCAGAUGAGUACCAGUGCCGCUACCAAUGAAUCCGGCUUCCAUAUGCCCGAAAAUUUCACUAUUGGAGUUCCGGGAUAUACCUGUGCAAAACCGGUUCAGGUUGCACCGAGUAAGUAUAGUUCGGAUGGAGGUCGUCGGUGGACACAAGCUCUUGGGACAUGGAAUGUGACAUGUAUGUACUCACAAUUUUUGGCAUCUACUUCUCCAAAGUGCUGUGUGUCCUUAUCUGCAUUCUACAAUAGCACCAUUGUUCCUUGUCCGAAGUGCAGCUGCAGCUGCCAAGGAUUACCUGGAGCAAAAUGUGUAAAAUUUGGUGAAACACCGUCGUUGUUGCGACAAAUAAAAGAUUUGAACCGGGAGUCACCAUCUUUUGUGAGGUGCUCGCAGCAUAUGUGCCCAAUUCGAGUUCAUUGGCAUGUGAAACAAAGUUACACACACUAUUGGAGGGUGAAGAUAACUGUGAAUAAUCUGAAUAUCUUGAAGAAUUACAGCCAGUGGAACUUGGUGGCAUUGCACCCCAACUUGAAAAGCUUGAUACAAGUUUUCAGCUUCAACUAUGAACCACUUAACCAAUAUGGCCAGAUCAAUGAUACAGGGAUGUUUUGGGGGAUUGAGUAUUACAAUGACAUGCUGCUGCAGGAAGGUGAAAGUGGAAAUGUUCAAACAGAAAUGUUGCUACUCAAAGAUCCAGAUAUGUUCACUUUCAGAGAAGGAUGGGGUUUCCCUAGAAGGAUUCUUUUUAAUGGCGAUGAAUGCGUUAUGCCCCCUCCUGAUCAGUACCCCAGGCUGCCUAGUACUGCACAACUUGGUGCCCAAUUGAGCUUUUCUACCAUCCUUUUCCUUUUGUGGCUGCUAAUAUUAUGUGCUGAGUAGUGAGAGUUUUCAAGUUUCUAAUUGUACAAAAACCACUCUUCUUUGUUCCAUUGAGAAUUGCUAUAAAGUAAAGGUGAAAGAACUUGAAAA